GCAACGGUGUUGCUUCUGUGGCUCCACGUCUGCACCAGCUGCGGGGCAAGAUGGAGGCGCUGAUUUUGGAACCCUCCCUGUACACUGUCAAAGCCAUCCUGAUCCUGGACAAUGAUGGAGAUCGACUUUUUGCCAAGUACUAUGACGACACCUACCCCAGUGUCAAGGAGCAAAAGGCCUUUGAGAAGAACAUUUUCAAUAAAACCCAUCGGACUGACAGUGAAAUUGCCCUCUUGGAAGGCCUGACAGUGGUAUAUAAAAGCAGUAUUGAUCUCUAUUUCUAUGUGAUUGGCAGCUCCUAUGAAAAUGAGCUGAUGCUUAUGGCUGUUCUGAACUGCCUCUUUGACUCCUUGAGCCAGAUGCUGAGGAAAAAUGUAGAAAAGCGAGCUCUGUUGGAAAACAUGGAGGGGCUCUUCUUGGCUGUGGAUGAAAUCGUCGAUGGAGGGGUGAUCCUGGAGAGUGAUCCCCAGCAAGUGGUGCACCGGGUGGCAUUAAGGGGUGAAGAUGUCCCCCUUACAGAGCAGACGGUGUCUCAGGUGCUGCAGUCAGCCAAAGAGCAGAUCAAGUGGUCCCUCCUUCGGUGAAGAAGCCUGCGUCUGGCUCCUCACCCCCAACCCCACAUCUACUGUGACUGUUCACCCAGGCACCCAACGGAUGCUCUCAGGGGAAUCACAAGGGACCCUUACCCCUCCAUCCUGUCUGAGGUUGUUCAACCCUAGCAACCUCAUUCCUUCACUCUUUCUCUCUUCUGGGAGUAAAGUUUUGGGUGAGGGACAGGGAAGCCCCUCCUUCCUUCCUAGCCUGCCUUUCCUCUGCCCUCACUUUUGCUGUGGCUGCACUCCAGAUCAAAGCAGGAGAAAGAAUGUGCCAGUGUUUCCUCCCUCUGCCUUACCUGGCUUUAAUCCCAGCAGCCCAGAUGUCCAGUAAAGGCAAGGACUUUUCUGCAGCACCAGGGGGCUGGAUGGGCAGGGGCACAUGCAGCCUGCCUCCGGGGCUUCCCCCUUGUCCUUCUGCUGCCCUGUCCUUUAAGGUGGAAAAGACAUUACUGUUUGUGGGGAGAGGACAGUGUUGGGAACAGCAAUUUAAAUGUCAGAGCUGAAAUGCAUGCUGUACCUUGAAUCCAGCCUGCAACUUCAAAACUGCUAUGACCUGUGAGUGGUCUGUCUGCAUGGUACCUCUGUAUUAUGCUUGCCUUUUCUGUGCCCUAAGCAGAGCCAGUCUUUGGAGCCAAAACUGCAUCCAAGUCCAGUUUCUGCUCAAAACUGAGCAAGGAAAGGAACAGAACAACUUGGGCCUUAAGGUCCUCAGUCUUCUCAAAUCUUACAAGCAUUUGCUCUGCCUUGGGCCCUCUCUGUCUCAGCCUUGCAUAAAAGCUGAGGGUCUGAGCUCCAGCAGUCCUAAGGUCCCUGAGAACAGAGCCCUGCUUUGAGAUUUGGAUUUCCCAGGAAGAUACAGGCUGGAACUCCCACUCUUGGGCCCACUUUCCCUCCCUCCCUACAAAAGUAUCCUAGAAAAGUAUCCUUCCUGAGACUUAAGCACUCUGCCCGCACUGGCUCGUGGGCAGAUGUGAGGCAGCCUCUGGCGAUGUCCACCUUCUCUGCUGCUCCACGCAGAGGAAUAAAGAUCUCUUUUUCCAAA